AUGACAAAACGGCCUUGCGGUGACGACAAAUCUGUGGUGGAGCCGCCUCCGAAAUCAUCGUGCUUGGAUGCAAGCGAGACUGAUGAUCCGCGUCCACUUCCGGCGUCAAUAAUAACGAUACUCAUCACUCGAAUCCAACAUCAUCCUUGUAUCUGGGAUCACGAUCACGAAUUUUUCGGACAGCGCGAGCAAAUCGACUCUGCUUGGCGUUCAAUCGCUGAACAAACAGACGUGCAAGAGGAUCACGUGCGAAGUCUGUGGAACACUGUCUGGAAUUCGUGCUCGCGUUCCGGUGGUAAUCCCAUAUUUAAUCAGCUCAACAAAAUGUCGUCCACGCAGAGUACGCCGAAGAGUUCACCUGGAGCAAAGCAAAGUCCGCCGCGAAAACGUGAAGUGUGCAAGAAAGUUUCGUGGUCGCGCUACGAUUCGGUGAACAUCUCUGGACACUUAUUGAUGCUUCCACGUCGAUUUGCUAACCUGGAGAUCAUCGAAGCCGGACCCAGUCGGACUGUUUGUUCCGGUGCUGACCUUCUAACAGAAGAGAACGUGAUUAUCCGCAAAACACCGUUAAAGGACCAGGAACAAACAGCUCGCGUCUACCACAACCUGAAAAUGGGACGACUUCUGCCGCAUCCGAAUAUUCUUUCUAUACUGGAUGCAUUCGAAGCUGGGGACAGCUUGUACACCGUGACAGACAUGAUGGACGGGCGAUUGGCCGACAUUGUCGACGAACAUCUGAAUCAUUUUGUCAUUGCGAAAAUCAUCUACCAAUUAUUAUCAGCCCUGGAGCCAUUGCAUUCGAAUGGGUUUCAUCACGGGAACAUCACUCUCAACUCAGUGUUCAUCAACACUGACGCCGUGUUGAAGUUGUCGUCGUAUGGUGAUGUGGCGCAAAAUGUUGCCGAAGAGAAGUUCAGAGAAGAUAUCACAUCUGUCGGCUCCAUUCUGGCCCGUCUGCUGCUCGAGGAGGAGUCUUUCCUAAAACUCGCUAAAAUCAAAAGUCACAAUGACCUCGAAUGGCGCACUAUCCUUCAAGGGAACAGCGAAUCGGGUCUUGUUGAUUUCCACGCUCGAAACAUGCUUUAUCUCCUGCUAGGUGCUCCAUGCACCUUAUCGGAUCUCCUCAGGCAUCCAUACAUGCUUACAUUUCGAAAAAAUGCGGGCAAAGUGCCGCUGAUCGAUGCAGAACACAGAGAUCUCUCCGCGCUCAGCCUCACUGAUAUGCAGGGAUUACUUCGAGAUGAGCUCAAUCGAUACGAGUCACCGAUCUCUCUGCAGGAUGUGCAGUGA